AUGGAUUCACCAGGACGACUCUCAUCCAGCAGAGAUGAACACGAUGAAAUGCAAAAGAAGACAUUUACAAAAUGGGUCAAUUAUCAUCUUGAAACUCAUAGUUCGUCAGAACUGGUGGAAGAUCUAUUUGAGGAUCUCAGAGAUGGUGUAUUAUUAUGCCAUCUUAUCGAAGUUCUUACCGGUGAAGCACUGCCAAUUAAUAAGGCAAAAGAAUCAAAACGGGUACACCAUAUCAGCAAUUUAACAACAGCACUAGCAGCUUUGCGACGUCGCGGUCUUGAUUUGGUGAACAAUAAUCCAGCAGAUAUAGCCAAUGGAAAUCCUCGAAUAAUCUGUGGACUCAUUUGGCAGAUGAUCCUUCAUUUCCAGAUCGAGACUAACGUCCAGUUGUUAAAAGAAUGGGGAUUUGAGCUAGAAUUGGCCAAUAGCCCAUCAACGUCUAGAAUUGGCAACGGAAAUAGUCCCUUUGGUAAAUUACCACAUCAGUUACGUAUUGGACGUCUAAAAGCACCUGUUGAUCGUGUAGUAUUACGAUGGGUAAAUGCACAACUUGCAAGACCUUAUAAUAUCAAUCUGACUGAUAUGGAUAAAAGUUGGCGUGAUGGAAUUGCUUUCAAUGCACUGAUACAUCGUAUAAGACCUGAAUUGGUGGACAUGGACAUUGUGUAUCGAAGCAAUCCAAAAACAAAUCUUCAGCAGGCGUUUCGACUAGCAAAGGAACAUCUGCAUAUACGACCAUUACUUGAUGUGGAAGAUAUGUUAUGUGACAAAUCAGAUAAACGAUCUGUGAUUACUUAUGUAUCACAGUUCAUUCGUACCUUAAAGCAUUUACGACCGAUCGCUACAUGUCAAAUGAUUGAUGACCAUUCAUUGAUUUCCUGGAUGGAAGAUACUUUGAGCAUCUUAAGAUCAUCUGUUGAUGCACCACUUUAUGAUCAAUAUCAGACAUAUCUAUCAUUACGAAAACAGUAUUUUGAGCAUCGCAAUGCAUAUUAUUCACUUCGCGAAUAUGCUGCUAAAUUACCGGAAGGUGAAUGGAAUCAAAUUGAAGCCAGGUAA